UUUCCAGCAUCCUCAAUUAUCUCCAUUUGCAUUCUCAUUCCAUUCUGAGAAAACUAGCCGUUGGAAAAUCAAAGCUAAUUUGCUUCAAUACAAAUGCUUUCUCCUAUAUAUCAAUACAAUAUACGGACCUAUUGGUUAAAGAUAAAGAUACAGAAAAUCUAGUUCAGAGGAUAAAUAUCUUUGUUGUUGAGAUUUCGAAUUAGAUUAUUAUUUAGAUUCUUGAGAAUGAUUUAUGGACGUUGUGCUGCUUGCAAGUAUUUGAGGAGAAGAUGCCCUUUAGAUUGCAUUUUCUCUCCAUAUUUCCCUUCAAAUGAUCCUGAAAGAUUUUCAUGCGUCCACAAAAUCUAUGGUGCCAGCAAUGUCGGAAAGAUGCUCCAGCAACUGCCGGAUCAUCUUCGAGCUCCAGCAGCAGAUUGCUUAUGCUAUGAAGCACGAUGCAGAAUUCAAGAUCCUGUGUAUGGCUGUGUUGGAAUAAUCUCUCUUCUUGAUCAACAAAUACAAACUGCAGAAAAUCAGCUAGCUGAAACCAAAGCAGAAAUUGCUGUCCUUGCUAUGCACAACAACUUUCAUAAGUAACAAUGUGAAGUAUAAACCAAUUUCAACAAUUUCUUGCUUAAAAAAGAAGAAAAAGAAAUAAUUUUGGCCUCUUCCACUCUGUUUCCAGCUUUUAGGCCCAUAAAAUUGCAUGUAAGAACUAAAUUGUUAUAUGAAACAUCAUAUGCAGAUGGCCUAAUUUACUUUAUAAAAACUAUUCAGGUGGAAUCCUGAGUCAGGGACUGCAAAAUGAUGGUUCUCUCUUUAUUUCCUAGAAUUAAAUUUAAAUUUAAGUUUCUAUGGAUAUUUGUUUCGCAUACCUUAC